UACACUGACAGUCAGUGGCAGCUGCGGCAGGGUAGAUCUACGAAUACGAUUUCCAGACACAGCUCUGGGAUUGAGGAAAUCCACUCGAUCGACUUCAGGCACACCUGAGUUCAGACAGUAGCACAUCGUCAUCGCUCAGGACUUCAACUAACUUUGUAGCUAUUUACACAGGCCAUUGUGUCAUUGUGUCAAGAAGUAGGAAUCAUCUCGCAGAGUUUCAGCUCUUCUUCAUCGCUCAGUCCAGUGUAGAGCCGAGGAGAGCAACGGGUUGUUUCCGUAGCGGGUGCUAGUUCAGAAUGGCGUUGACCUGUAGUCGCUGGGUGCUGGUGGUGUUCAACAUCCUCUUCUUCGUGUUUGGACUGGCGCUGCUGGGCAUUGGUAUCUACUCGCAUGUGGAGAGUACGGCAGUGGAUGACUAUUUGCGGGUGAUCGACCGUAGCGACAACAUCUUCAAGAACUUUGGCAGCAUCUGCAUAGUCGUCGGCGUGUUUUGCACGGGGCUCGGCUUCACCGGAUUGUUCGGUGCCAUCAAAGAUCAUCGCGGAUGCCUUAUCUUCUUUGUUAUCUUGGUGAUCAUCGUGUUUGUGCUGGAACUCGUCGCUGGAGGACUGGCGUAUGGCUUUCAUAACAAGAUUGAGGACUCGGUUCGGUCUGGUAUGCAAAGCACCAUACUGGAGUACGACGGGGAAAGCUCUCUUUCCAAGUCCUGGGAUUCUAUCCAGCGCAACCAGCAAUGCUGUGGCGUCUUCAAUGCCACGGAUUGGGAUGCGAACAACAACAACUACACCACGGCUUUCAACAGCACAUUUCCAGCCAGCUGUGUUUGCCAAACCGAAGCAGGCUGCAACGAAAACACGCCAAGCACUCCGUGGAACAUGACCUUCUCAACGGGCUGCUUCACUCAGGUUGAUGAGCGUAUACUGAAGAACUGGAAGGCCUGGGGAGGUGCUGCCAUUGCUUUUGCCGUCAUUGAGAUUAUCGGCAUUGUGUUUGGUUUCAUUGCGAUCCGCGGCGUCAACAAAGGAUACCAGAUGUCCUACUAGUCAAGCGAAUCAGUGCUGAUGUCGCUCAGGAUUGAUGAUCAACGACAUGCUUUGGCGCGAUAGCGUGGCCCUCGCCGAGGAGAGAUGAGGAGCUUUGAAUUUGGAGAGAGAGCAUGUGUGUGUGUGCAUGUGUGUGUGUGUGCGUGUGUGUGUAUGCUUGCAUGUGCGGGCGUGUCCGUGUGUGUGUACGUUUUUACAUCCGUGUGUAUGUGUGUGUGCGCAUGUGUGUGUGCCGGCAGUUUACGUGCAAUGUGUGCAUGCGUGUGCGUUCGUUUUUCAAUUGAUGCAUGUUCAUAUGUGUGUGCACAAUUAGUGCGCGCGCACCCAGAGAAUGCCUCAGCGUGCAUGCCCUCAAUUGGUUGCCAAUAUACCCCCCCCCCCCCCCACCCACACACACACACAGCCACCAUCUCAAUCGAAAUAUCAUAGUCACGAAAAACAGUGCAUGGCAUGUAGCAUAGCUUAGAGAGUUCACGCAGUACUGACCAGCACACAGAACUAGAGUGUUUAGCAUACCUACCCAGCAGUAUCAUGCCCCAGUGCAUAGCACACGCCCAACACACACACACACACACACACACACACACACACACACACACACACACACACACACACACACACACACACACACACACACACACACACACACACACACACACACACACACACGCAUACACACACACACACACACACACAUCAUGUUAGCAUGCAUGCAUCUUCAAGCCCGCCAUGCCCCAGUGCACAACAUGCUCACCCAUGCCCCAGUGCAAACACCACACUGACAUCACGUGCAAAACAGGCCAUGCUUUACACACUUUAGUUUCACUGUGCAUACCCCCAUACACCAUAGCCAUUGGAUCCCGGGAUUUGCCAAACGAUCACAUUUCCACGUUAGCGGCGGCUUCCACCGCCAUGACUGCACACACACCCAUUAGACUCUGCCGUAUACACAUUGUCAUCAAGCUGCCGUUUACCCGGGCUGUGGGUCGAGCCACGGCGUUCUUGCAUUCCAUUUCUGAUUUCAAAUUUAUUUCUUCCUGCCUUUCCUUGCGGCCUCCAUGACUAGCAGGGGGCACAUGAAAUUCUCAUCUUGAUAUUGUCUCCACUAUUCCUGUAUCUUUAUUGCUGUCUAUUUCCAUGGAAUUUCAUCACAUUGUCUUUCAAUCUCUCUGGUUGUACUCAUGACACCUACAAGUUAA